UCAAAAAUAUGAAAUUCAUGUUUGACAUUUUUUCCCUUCAAUAUUGUUUAUUUGAAGUAUUUAUUAUUACAAUAUAAAUCAAUACGCUAAUUAAAAAUGCAUACAUAGUUCUAAGCAGCAGGGAAAUAUUGAUCAUGAGAAAAACAGCAGGUAGCCGGUAACAUGUUACAGAUAUAUGCUUGUAUAGAUAUUUUAGUUCAGGAAAAAUAUACGGUCGUGUGUCAACUAUGUUUACCAUAUUGUCAUUAUUUUUUAUAAUAUUUAAAUUUUUAUUAAUAUACUCAGAGACCAAAAUACUUCAAGGACAUCUUGUAACACGUGAAAAUUGGGCAUUUCUAGCAAGGUUUUGCUUCUUAACGGAACAAGGCACAUUUCGAUAUGAAUUCGAAUUGGGAGGUAAUGAACAAAAUUUAAAGAUAUUGUUGUAUUAUGAUGCUCCUAAUCAAUGGCCAAGCGUUUAUCCUUCGAAUAAAACAUGUAUGGAAAAAGAAGCUAUACUUUGGGAUGGAAUUGGACAAAUAGUACCAUUAUCUACAUCCAUAUCUGAAGAAUCAGGAUGCGUCGAAAAAGAAGACGCAAUAAUACGAUGCUCUAAUUAUCGAAGAUUUCGAUCAUCUCGUCCGAGAUGGUGGUUUAUCGCAUUAGCAGAUUGUUCUUCGAAAACUGGAUUAAACAUUUCGUAUUGGAUAUCGUUAACAAAUGCACCGCAUGGGCACUUUUGGAAAGAACACUUUUCGGCAGAUGAAUUCUAUAUACUACCAGAACUGAUAACAAUUGCUUGUAUUUAUGUGAUACUUGUAAUAUUAAGUUUUUACGUAGCCAUACAAUUAAGAGCAAGAAGAUUAUUACAUGUAUCUUACAAAAUAUUUAUGACUUCACUAUUUUGUCAAUUAGUAGGAAUAUUACUCGAAAUUUAUAGUUAUAUAACUCUUGGUUUAAAGGGGAUACAAAUAGAAAAUGCUCUUUUAUUUGGUCAAUUAUUAGAAGCAUGUUCAGAUAUUUUGUAUACUAUACUUAUGUUAUUACUGGCUCUUGGUUAUACAGUAACUAAAAGUAUUUUAAAACCUAGACAAACUCGAUGGCUUAUAUGUUUUAUAUGCCUAAUUUCUUUCUGUCAAUUUUCAUUAUAUAUUUAUCAAUUUGAUGUCUUUGAUCCUGGAUUAGUACUGUACAUUUAUGAGUCACCGCCAGGCUAUGGAUUAAUAAUAUUGAAAUUGAUUGCAUGGAUUAUAUUUUCUCUUCAAUGUUUUAAAACUGUUACAAAAAUGUCAACAAAACUUCAUUUUUAUGGUUCAUUAUUUUCAUUGGGAUCAGCGUGGUUUUUAUGUCAUCCAUUAACGGUACUUUGCAUCACUUUAUUAGUAGACGAGUGGGUACGAGAAAGUGUUGCUAAGGGAUGUUUAUUAUGGACUACUUUUAUGGGACACAUAAUAUUUUUAUAUAUCACUAGACCAUCUAUGGCUAACAAACGUUUUCCAUUUCAUAUUAGAACAUGUCAAAUCAUGCCUAUUGGUGGUGAAGGACAAGAUCACAGUUAUGAACCUCAUGUUAGAACAACAAGUUCUGCAUUUACUAUUUCACGUUCAAUACCAUCUACUUUGCAACAUUAAUAAUAACCAUACUCCAAAAUUAUGUAAUUAUAAUUGUACAAUUUUACUUU